UCUUCCCGGAAACCUCUAUAAUAGGGAUUCCUCCAAGAGCAGCGGUUUCAGCAAUGCGAAGGGCAGAGAUAAUCUGGUCCUGAAAGUGAGAGUGUGAUAAAGCCAGUGAUUAUGCUGUGCUGUUCAAAUGAUAGUCUUGAAACUUUUCAAGGUUUUACAUAGGACAAGGCAAAAUGUGUUCAAAGGUGACACCAGAAGCUUAGACGCUGCAAGACUUAAGAUAAAUGAAGAAUUCAAAAAUAAUAAAAAUGAGACUUCUCCUGAAAAAAUAGCUGAGUUUAUAAAAUUAGCUUCAGAUGUGGAAGUUAUACUUAGAACAUGUGUCCUACAAGGUGUUUAUGUGGAUGCCGACAAAAUAAGGCUUUUACCAAGAAAGGAUGUGCUGAGAGACAAUGCUCCAUACUGUGACACCCCAAAGCAAAACACAUGAAUUUAAUAGAACAAAAGUUUUGAUUAAUUAACUGUGCCAUGUAAUUUCUUUUAAAAUAAAAUAUUUUUCCUAUAA